AUGGUCGUAUCGGAGCCGGGGCAGGAUUAUGACGGGAUGUUGACUAUCAUCAAGUGUGGUGGCAUCUCUGCUACCUUGUCUGGUGGAAUAAGACCGACUCUCCGGCUCCUCCUCCAAUAUCUCACACAAGUCGACAAGGUCAAGCUUAAAUGCUUCCCCAAGUCUCAAAUCCGUGACUGCUUCUACAUCAUUCUCACUGCAACCGAGCCAGAUUACCGCAAACAAGGUCUUAUGAGUGCUCAGACCAAGCACCUCCAGGAACAUGCCAGAAAGGUGGGCAAGCCCGUGUGGCUGGAAGCAACAUCACGAUACUCGAUGAGCCAGUUUCUCAAGCAUGGAUUCGAGCACAUAGAGGAUAUUAGACUUGGAAAGGGCAAUGUCAACGCCCAGGGAAAGAAGGAAAAGGGAGGUGAGGGCGUCUUGAUCGCGUGUAUGAUCUGGUGGCCUGAGGGUGUCGAAGAAGCUAUGAAUGAGAAGAAAGGUCUUCAGAAAAAGGACAAAGAGACUGAAUAG